GCUGAUAACUUUUCAUCAUUUGUCCAAAACACCAUCUUCUCCAACAAGAUCGUUAUGUUCUCUAAAUCCUAUUACCCGUAUUGCCUUCGUGCCAAGCAGAUUUUCAGUGAGCUAAAUGAGAGACCCUAUGUUGUAGAGCUUGAUCUCCGAGACGAUGGAGGUAAAAUCCAGUAUGUCCUUCUGGAUUUGAUAGGUCGAAGCACUGUUCCACAAGUGUUUGUGAAUGGCAAGCAUAUUGGAGGCUCUGAUGAUCUCAGAGCUGCGGUCGAUGAUGGUACACUGCAAAGGUUUCUAGCUGCAAGUUGA